ACGUAGUGCAAUGAGGAAUAAAAGAUGACGCGGUGCGCGGCGGGCGCCAGUGCAUCGCCCGGUGCAUCGCGCGCACAUUACCGAAAAAACAAAUCCACGCGAGUGUUUAAAGUGUGCAAGCCAUGCUGUUCGCUCUCAUGGCCCUAGUGGCCCUCCUUGCUGGGGCGGGGGCCGCGCCUCAGCGACCGCAGCAGGCUCAGCAGGCUGCCAAAGACAUCCCCAUCAUCAAGCAGGACUUCACCAUCAACGAGGACGGCUCCUAUCAGUGGAACUACGAGACGGGCAACGGCAUCGCUGCAAACGAGCAGGGCUCCGUGAAGAACGCCGGCAACCCGGAGACAGAGGCCAUCUCGGUGCAGGGCCAGUUCUCGUACACGGCGGACGACGGCACCCCCAUCCAGCUGCAGUACCUGGCCGACGAGAACGGCUUCCAGCCGCAGGGCGCGCACCUGCCCACGCCGCCGCCCAUUCCCGAGGCCAUCCAGCGCGCCCUCGAGUGGAACGCCGCGCACCCCGAGCAGGACAACGAGGGUGAAGCGCCGGCCGCGCCAGCCAGGCCGGCCGCCAGGGGGCGCAAGUGAUACUCAACACUCACAAAAAUAAAAAAAAAUACGGGUCAGCAAAUAUAGAAUAGAGAAAA